AAGUAGUGGAAGCGUCGCUGCUGUAUAAAACAUAGACCCUGUCAGCGAUAACACAGUGACUGCUGGAAAGGCCGAGUGAACAGCUGAUCGCUAGUGCCGCAGUGGCGUUCGUAAGGAGCUGAUCAGCUGAUUUCUCUCCGGCAGAAUGGUUACGCACUUUGACCAUGUUACCGUUCUUGCCCUUGUCAUUGUCGCUAUACUAGGCAUGCUUGGAAAAUAUUCCCUGACUGAUGCCGUAGAGAGGAACGACACUUUAACACAACUAGGAGAAUCUAAUAGCAGCUAUGUUGAUGAGGAGGAUACCUAUGAUGAUGGCGAAGACGUUCACGUCAACUUAAGUACAACGUAUGUGCCACAUGGGGUCAAUGAGAACAGCACCAGUGUUUGGAAGUUUAAUGACAGUAUGAAUGCUACGAGUGUAAACGAGACAGAAGAUAGUCUGUAUGGGAACGGUAGUUUAGCUGGUUUCGCCACAUCAGCGCCGGUUAACAAAUGUGUUGCGUGUGCUAUGAGAGAAGAUGAUCGUAAGUAUAGAAUCGCGGUUAUUAAGAAUCAGAUUCUUGAAAAACUGCACUUCCACAGUCCUCCAAACAUGACCGGCAGAACGCUGCCCAAAGCGCCUAAGAUCUCUCAGCUGCUCGAGAGGUCAGGAAUACAGGGGGAUUCACCAGAUAACUACGGUUACCAUGACAAAUAUGUUUUUGAUGAUCGUCUCUACGGCCAUACAGAACGCAUCUUCACCAUUGCUAAAACACCUCCUCCGGAUCGUAAUUUGAAUGAGAGUUAUGUGGCUUACUUCAACCUUCCCGAUGAGACAAGAGACUCCUAUAUCAAAAAGGCUGUGCUGUGGUACUACGUUAGACCAUCAAGGCAGCAGAAAACGGCGGUUGAGCUGCACAUCCGUACAUUUAAGCCCCAGGAGGGCAACCCGCCCCGGAAAAUAUAUCUACGAUACAAGAAGCUGUUCCCUAAGAGGGCUCGGAACUGGCAUCAGUUGGACAUUAGAAAGACUGUGCAGGACUGGGUGGACAGACCGUCCCUCAACUAUGGAUUACAGAUGACAGCAUUUGACCAUAGCAUGAGGAACCUAAUCGUUACGCCCCCGACGUCCGAGGAUGACGCCGGCUAUGAACCCAUGAUUGAACUGAAGACGGUAAAACGGAAUUAUAAACGAGUGAGAAGAAGCGCCAUCCGCUGUUCCGCCAACUCCACCGAACCUCGUUGCUGCCGCUACCCUCUCCGCGUCAACUUCGUCGACUUUGGGUGGGACUGGGUAAUCGCCCCACGGGACUAUGCCGCGGAUUACUGUUCAGGAGAGUGCCGUUAUGUGAUGCAGGACGAGAACCAUCACAGUUACCUGCAGCAGCAAGCGGGUUCCACCGGCCCAUGUUGCACGCCGACCAUGAUGUCGCCCCUCUCCAUGCUAUACUUCGACCACGACCACAAUAUUCUGUUUACAAAUCUCCAAGAAAUGAAAGUGGAAAGGUGCGGUUGUGCUUGAUUCGGACUGUAUUGCUGACAAAGAGAACAGGUGUGGCAUUGCAUGAUUAAAGGUCUACCGAAGUCCUCGUCUUUCGCCAUCGGUUUUGCAAUCCCAAUACGGCGCAAGAAAAUGAUGAGGAGAAGGUUACUGAGCGGAGAUAUUUGGCGCCAUUUGAUGGAUGACUAUCCAUCUGCCCUUAAUAAAACUGACUGUGCUUUUGCACAAUUACCAUAGCUGUGAAAACUCCUUUUCUGAGGCUUAGUUUAGGAAGCAAUAGAGAAAAGCUUGUUAUUAAUGAUCGAAGCAGCCCACCAUUGCUCGGUCUGAAUACCAUUGCUUCUGAAGCUAUUACCAUACGUUUAUGAGUGGAUUAGAAGCCUUUCCUGGUGCUCGUGGCACCGCUGUAAUCUGAUAAGGCUAUUAUCCAUCGACCUUCUGCACACAUAAUUGUGGGUUAAGCACACGUCCGUCUUCUAUUCCUCUCGGCCAGUUCGAACUAAUGACCGCACUUAUGCGAGUCCGUUUUAGUAACAAUAUGUGAUACGUGAUUCUCAACUAGAGUUCUCAUGAUAGGGAUUCCCGUAAUCUGCGUUAGAUAUAUAACUCCUGUUUGAGUCAUGUCUGUAUUAGCAGUACCAUAACUUGUAUUUAAAUUUGUAUCUUUGAAACAACGAUUGUAACAAAAGAAGGAUGUAUUCAUAUAAUACCGUUGUAGAGGUAUUGGACACUCUUUAACUUGGAAAACCUUUACAAAUAUGUAUUCAGAUAAACUAAAAGUCUACUAGAUAUGUAGUUACCAUAAACAUCCCUUGAGGAACAAGUUGCAAAUAUAUGAAUGUAUUGUGUAUCUUCGUCUGUAAAGAUCGUCGUGACAUUAAAUAUGAAGCCUUAAGAAAGGAAUGCAAUGAUAUUAGCAUACACAUGUUGCUAGAAGCGGUGAAUCUGUGUUGAUUUAGAAUUGUUUAUUUCAUAUGAGAAUGUACAAAUCCAAACGACAAAACUGUAUAUAUGUUUGCGAUUAGAAUAUGUUGGGACGUAAAGACACAAUAUAUAAUGAUCAAAUGAAACUAUUUUAUCUGUUUCCUAUUGUUUAAUGAUAUAAUUUUCCAGUAUAUAUUCUGUAUCUUGUAAAUUGACUUACAUCUAAAUAUAUGUCAUAUAUUUGCCUAACAAUGCAACGAAAAAACAAAACAAAACAACGAAAAGUUCCCCCAGUAGGAAAACAUAAGAACUAUGACGGUGUAAGUAAGAAAACGCACAGCUUUAUGGAACAACUACUUGUUUAUUGUAUGUAAAGACGUUUCGAUGUAUAUUUUUACACCGUUAUCAUUGGUUUGUUGGUUGGUUGGUUUGUUGUUUAACGCCGCACUAAGCAGUAUUCCAGCUAUAUGACGGCGGUCUGUAAAUAAUCGAGUCUGGACCAG